UGUAAAAGUCAAAAAGACAAAAAGGGUACACUGUUCGCUAAGCUAAGCAGUGAGCACUGAGCACAAGGAAAACCGAUAAUCCAACAUAAUAAAUUCCGGUUGCCCUACUCUUAGGGGCACUCAGCAUGGUCAUGAUCAUGGAUGUUUUCCAGCUUCAAACACUCAUAUCAGGCAUUCUUGCCUUGUUAGUAGGUGCCUUGGUUUAUCAGUUAAAGAAAACACAUGGUCCUAAUACAAAGAUCUGCACUGUGCCACAGGCAGGAGGAGCAUGGCCUAUUGUUGGUCAUUUGCCCCUCUUUGGGGCUAAUCAACUAACACACAAAACGCUUGGUGCUAUGGCUGACAAACAUGGACCAAUUUUCACAAUAAAACUUGGUUCAUAUAAAGUUCUGGUGUUGAGUAGCUGGGAGAUGGCCAAAGAGUGUUUCACUGUCCAUGACAAAGCAUUCUCCACCAGGCCCUGUGUUGCAGCCUCAAAGCUAAUGACCUACAACACUGCAAUGUUUGGCUUCGCUCCUCAUGGACCCUACUGGCGUGAGAUGAGGAAAUUCACAUCUGUUGAGCUUCUGUCUAACCAAAGGCUUGAACUUCUCAAGGACACAAGAGCAUCUGAGUUAGAGGCUGCAACAAGGAGGGUUUACAAGUUGUGGGCAAGAGAAGGUUGUCCAAAGGGAGGGGUUUUGGUUGAUAUGAAGCAGUGGUUUGGGGAUUUGACUCAAAAUAUCCUUCUGAGGAUGGUGGGAGGGAAGCCAUAUUAUGGGGCUAGUGAUGAUGAUGGGGAAGGUGAAGCAAGGAGGUUUAAGAAAGCCAUGAGGGACUUUAUGAGUUUGUUUGGGGUGUUUGUUUUAUCUGAUGCAAUUCCAUUUCUGGGGUGGCUAGACAACAAUGGAUACAAAAAGGCAAUGAAGAAAACAGCCAGUGAAAUAGACACUUUGGUUGAAGGGUGGCUGGAGGAACACAAAAGAAAAAGAGCUGUGAGUAGAAUUGGAAAGGAAGAACAGGAUGUCAUGGACGUCAUGCUGAAUGAUCUGCAGAAUCUUAAGGUUUCUGAUUAUGAUACAGACACCAUCAUCAAGGCCACUUGUCUGAAUCUAAUUUUGGCAGGAGGAGACGCCGUCAUGGUGGCUCUAAUAUGGACACUAUCUCUGCUACUAAACAAUAAAAUGGAGCUUAAAAAAGCGCAAGAUGAAUUGGACACUCACGUUGGGAAGGACAGGAAGGUGGAAGAAUCUGAUACAAAGAAGUUGGUGUACCUGCAAGCCAUUGUGAAGGAAACUAUGCGCCUUUAUCCACCAAGUCCUUUUAUCACCCUUCGUGCAGCCAUGGAAGAGUGCACCUUUUCAUGCGGCUAUCACAUUCCUGCUGGCACACGUUUGAUAGUGAAUACUUGGAAGAUCCAAAGAGAUGGACGUGUUUGGAGUGAUCCUCAUGAUUUCAAGCCUGAAAGGUUCUUGACACGGCACAAAGAUGUUGAUGUGAGAGGUCAGAACUAUGAGUUACUCCCUUUUGGUUCAGGAAGGAGAGCAUGCUCCGGUGCCUCAUUGGCUCUACGUUUGGUGCACUUGACCUUGGCUAGACUCUUGCACUCUUUCAAUGUUGCUUCUCCUUCAGAUCAAGCUGUGGACAUGACAGAGAGCAUUGGACUCACAAAUUUAAAAGCAACCCCACUUGAUGUUCUUCUGACUCCACGUCUAGAUACUAAGCUUUAUGAGGACUAAGGUAGUGAUGUUUUCUCAAAAUAAGGGCAGGAAGCAUCUAGUUCUGAAAUAAGGGCUUUCCAUCUUGUAAUAAAAUGCUCAAUGGAGCUGCACUGUUAUUAUAAUAAUUUUGCUUUUGUGGUUCACAUUCACCAAAUUUUCCUUUUA